CUGUCAAGAGAUCGAGAGUACGCAGGACUGAAACUAGCUAAAGAUUAUAAUUUCACAGCAAAUCCGGCAUAAAUGUUUGUGUAAUCGAGUGCUUCUCUUGGGUUUGAGAAACCAACAAGGAUGUCUGUCAAACGUGGACAUAAAGUAUGCUUGGUUGGGAAUUCUGGCGUGGGAAAGUCCAGCAUUUUUCAUCGUUUGGUGCGUGAUACCUUCACCGAGAAGGUGACUUUAACCAUAGCAGCCGCCUAUUUUGAAAAGGAGCUGAGCGUGAACGGGGAGACGGUUAGAAUGUGUAUAUGGGACACGGCUGGAGCUGAAAGGUUUCGAUCCUUGACGCCAUUGUUCUACAGAGGCACCGACGGGAUCGUUCUGGUCUACGACAUCACAGACGAAAGAAGUUUCCACAAUCUGCGCACCGAAUGGAUCCCAUCAAUACGAGCAAGUGCGGACACAAACAUGGCGCUGGUCGUGGUGGGCAACAAGUUGGAUCUUGAAGAGACGGGUCGAGUUGUCCCAGCCGUCGAGGCAAGGGGGUAUGCUGAUCUCUUAAACGCCAUCUUCUUUGAAACGAGUGCCAAGACGGGAGAAAACGUGGAGAGAAUAUUUACUGAACUUGCCCUGAAGAUCAGAGAAACAAAGCCGACAUACGAGGAAUACGAGAGACGUGUGGUCCAAAUACCGGGCCCAUCGUUGAACAGUGACGAGAACAUACCUGAUCCAUCGAACCAUCGCCACGACCGCAGCAAGUGCACGUGCUAAAUUACAACUGACGAAGGAGUCAUCUUUGUUUUCCAAAUUGCUUCUGCCAAAACCUGAAGGGUUUUUCAAAAGUGGAUCUCCAACCCCGCCCCAUUUUGGGCUGGGUUAACAGCUAGACUUCAAUUUUAAUCAACAACCUUACUGACAUUAACAUUACGUCAGUGAUUUUAGGUUAUAUGCUGUACUAGAAAACAGCUACCAAACUUUCCGGAGGCUCCGAAAUGUUGCUAAUAGUGCUGUUUAUGACCACCAUAUCUUACAGGAGUAAAUUUCGACCCAUGGGUUCGUGGCGGUGAAAUUAUGGUAGGCAAAGUUAGGCCAAGAUGAUAACUGUCAACUUUCUUCACACAAAAUAAAACAUAGAAUUAACAACGUAUCUGAUUCGCAUCACUAUUUUUUUUUAAAUAAGAAAUGCAUGAUUCAUAGCAAUUUUCAUUUUUACUAAAUCUGUGUACGUCGGAGCGAGAAUUGGCGAACAAGAAAAUGACCAUUUGCGGCUCGCGUGUAGCAAAGACAAGUUUUGACUUGAGCUUGGCGAAUGUGUAGGCACAUGAUAGUAUUCUACACUUGUGGGUGUCCAUACUAAAUGCAAAUGUUAUAAGAAUUAUUUUAAUAUUUUCAUCCGUAAAAGAAUGUCAUUUUAAUUACUUAUUGUGAAAAAUGGUUUUAAAAUCCCGACCCCUCACCCCUGUUUCAAAGUAUUUUCCUAACAAUAUUAUCGUGUACACCUUUGGAUUUUGUUAUAAGAUCUUUUUUUUUACACGUUCUUGAACCGCACCCGACAAUGUUCAAUCCACCCUAUUUGUGAUUUACUAGUUUUUGAAGACAAAGAUUGUGCAUCUCUGAGGUUUGACUGUUGCUGAUCUAAAACAAAAUUCUUUUGUAGGGAAAGUGGCAAAGAAAUCCUAUUUAACCAAACAUUAACGUAAUGGAAUACCUUGAUAUAUAAAUGAGUACUGAAAUAAAGAUAAUAUAAAGUCAGA